CUCGCAUUGCUGCUCACAUGAGCCCAGGGACUCCAGGGAAAGAGAUGGAGGCUUCAGGAUCUUCUUCUCAGUCUCCAAACAGCAGUGCGGUCCACAGAGAAACAGAAGAUCUAAACCACCCAGAGACAGAGUUCCACAAGCAACAUGGGAAGGCCCGGGAACGCUAUGAGAGAGACAAGUCUUCCUCCUCAUCCUCCUCCUCCUCUUCCUCCUCUUCCUCCUCUUCCUCCUCAUCUUCUUCCUCCUCCUCAGACAGCAGCGAUGAGGACAAGCACUCCAGAGGUCCGAGGAAACACAGAAGGAAGUCGCACAGAGACAGCUCUCCUGGUGCUGACCAUGGGGAACUGGAGGUGCUGAAGGACGAGCUUCAGCUCUAUGGAGGCGCUGCUGGGGAAAUGGUGCUUGCUGGGGAGUCAGGACUCCGAAGGAGAGGUUCCGGCUCAGCGGAGGGAGAAGUGGAGGCCUCUCAGUUAAACAGACUGAACAUAAAGAAGGAUGAUGAGUUUUUCCAUUUUGUCCUUCUCUGCUUCGCCAUUGGAGCCUUGCUGGUGUGCUACCACUACUAUUCAGACUGGUUCAUGUCUCUUGGGGUUGGUCUGCUCACCUUCGCUUCUCUGGAGACCAUCGGCAUCUACUUCGGGCUGGUGUACCGGAUCCACAGCGUACUUCAGGGCUUCAUCCCCCUCCUUCAGAAGUUCAGGCUGCCAGGGUUCAGGAGAACCAACUGAGAUCACUGCCCGACAGCAGCUGAGCCAGUCCCCAAUGUGACCACUGUAACCACUGCCAAACCUGAGCCCAGAAUACAGAGUGACAUGCUGGAAGACACUAGGAGGCCACACAACAAAGAGCUCUUUCCUUCCGUGUGAUCUGAGUGUCAGCUGAUCUGAGUGGGCAAGCUCUUGUUCUGCAGAUUAGCACACAGUCUCCAUGGGGAAGAGAGAAGGCACAGCAUCUGGGUCAGCAAGAAAGAGCUGGGAUGCCAUUGCUCUCAGGGGUAGCAUGAGUCUUGGGCCUUGCAGGCUGGCAUCUUCGGGCUUGGGUAUCUCUGGUGUCCUCAGGCCAUGCUCAUGAACUCACAGUUCCAGCAGAGCCAUCUUGGGACAGCUAUCCUGAGGCAGGGAGCUACCAGGCUGGGUCCCCAGGGGAACCUGCAGAUAAGAUACUGGGGACCAAAGCUGUAGACCAUCACCCAGUGACCAACCCUGUUGCCCUUGGACUUCUAAAACCCAAAUAAAUAUUCUAUUCCCUGUGCUAAAAA